UCGCAGUAUUCGUGAGCCCUACUUCGUCUUUCUCGCUCGUAGUUGCUCUUCAAUCUUGGUAUCAAUGGCGCCCAAGGCCGAGAAGAAGCCAGCGGAGAAGAAGCCGGCAUCCGAGAAGCCGGCGGAGGAGAAGGAGAAGAAGACCGUCGCCGAGAAGGCUCCCGCUGAGAAGAAACCCAAAGCUGAGAAGCGUCUUCCAUCCAAGGACUCUGCCUCCGGGGAUAAGAAGAAGAAGAAGAAGGCCAAGGGAACCGAGACCUACAAGAUCUACAUCUUCAAGGUGCUUAAGCAGGUUCACCCAGACAUCGGGAUCUCCAGCAAGGCCAUGGGUAUCAUGAACUCCUUCAUCAACGAUAUCUUCGAGAAGCUCGCUCAGGAGGCAUCUCGCCUGGCUCGCUACAACAAGAAGCCGACCAUCACGUCACGCGAGAUCCAGACCUCUGUUCGUCUUGUUCUUCCUGGCGAGCUUGCGAAGCACGCCGUAUCCGAGGGUACUAAGGCGGUGACGAAGUUCACCAGUUCUUGAGCGGCGCCCCAAUGUGAACAUCUUUUUAGGGUUUUGUGACGUGCUUUAGUGUCUUUCUUUUUUCUGGUUUUUGUUGAUAUUUUGUCUUGUUUUGGUGUCUCUGAAGAAUCAUGCUAUAUAUAUUUUUAAUCUAAUUUUA